AUGUUAUCAAGGGUUCAAUUAAAGCGCAUACCAAAUUGCAGACAGUUUUCUGUGGUUAGUAGAGUUUGCAAAUGGAACGACAUCCCAUUAGCACCACCGGAUAAAAUUUUGGGAAUCAGCGAAGCAUUCGUCAAAGAUACCAACGCUAAAAAGGUCAAUUUGGGAGUUGGUGCUUACAGAGACAACUCGGGUAAACCAAUUGUGUUCGAUUCAGUCAAGAGUGCCGAGGCCAAGUUAUUAGAAACCGAAACCGAAAAGGAAUACACUGGAAUCAUUGGUAAUAAGAACUUCCAGAAAGUGGUCAGAAACUUUAUUUUCAACAACAGCGGCAAGGAUGCUAAUGGGGCUAAAUUGAUUGAUGCAAACAGAAUUGUCACCAGUCAAACUAUUUCUGGUACUGGUUCUUUAAGGGUUAUCGCUGAUUUCUUGAACAGAUUUAACUCUGCCAAGAAGAUUUACGUACCAAAGCCAACAUGGGCUAACCACAUCGCUGUUUUCACCGAUGCUGGUAUUAGUGCCGAGUAUUACGACUACUACAACAAGGAAAUAAACAACUUGGAUUACGACAAAUUGAAGAAAUCAUUGGCUAACGCCGACGAGGGUUCAGUUGUCUUAUUACACGCUUGUUGUCACAACCCUACCGGUAUGGACUUAACAUCCGAACAAUGGGACGAAGUCUUAUCCAUCGUUCAACAAAAGAAAUUAUUCCCAUUGAUCGAUAUGGCUUACCAGGGUUUCGCCUCCGGUAACCCAUACAAAGAUAUUGGAUUAAUCCGUAGAUUGAACGAAUUGGUCGUUAGCGGUGACAUCUCCACCUACGCUUUAUGUCAAUCUUUCGCUAAGAACAUGGGUUUGUACGGUGAAAGAACCGGUUCCAUCUCUAUCGUUACCGAAUCUGCUGAACACACCACCGCCAUUGAAUCCCAAUUGAAGAAGUUAAUCAGACCAAUGUACUCUUCUCCACCAAUCCAUGGUUCCAAGAUUGUCGAAACCAUCUUCGCUGACGAAUCCUUGUACAACGCUUGGUUAAGUGAUUUAGACCAAGUAGUUUCCAGAUUAAACACCGUCAGAACCAAGUUGUACGAAAAAUUGGACAAGUCCAACUACAACUGGGACCACUUAUUGAAGCAAAGAGGUAUGUUCGUUUACACUGGUUUAUCUGCUGAACAAGUUAUUGAAUUGAGAGAAAAAUACUCUGUCUACGCUACUGAAGAUGGUAGAUUCUCCAUUUCUGGUAUUAACGACAACAAUGUUGACUACUUGGCUGAUGCCAUGAACCAAGUUGUUAACAAAUAA